AUGUUUCUUCAUCUUCAUCUUCAUGUUCUUGUAAUGCAGAUGGAGCUACUUACGCUCCGAGCAGGAAGAAGAAGUGUAGAAAGCGAUGAAUUUAGAGAAUAUUUGUUAAAAGAAUUAUCUAUGCUCAAAUUAGAAAAUGAUAGAUUUAGAAGUCAAAAUGUUGGAUAUGAAGGAAAGAAGAAAUUAGAAAAUGCAAAGUUUGAAGGAGACUUAAUCUCAAGUCUAAAAGGUGAUGCUUUAAUUCAUUUACAAAGAAUGAAUCCAAAUGGUAAUAAUACUGUAGAAGAGAAUCUAUUACAAUUAAGAAAACAAAAUCAAGAUCUUCCAACUACGUUGUUACUCAAGUUUAGCGAACGUUUAUUAUUAGUUUUCGAUACAGUUCGUACAAGGACGAAAUUAUCAGAUGAUGCUGCAAUGGUCACACUCAAGUCAACUUUAGAUAUUUCAGACAUAGAAGGUUAUUCAUCAUUCCAAAAAUUUAGUGAAAAGAUUGUUCGUCUUGAAAGAAAUUAUCAACUAACAAUGGGUAAAUCUCUUUAUUUACGUCAAGAUGAAAUUCAACGUAUAUUUGAUGCCAGUAUUUCAAGUUCAGGAUUAACGUCAGUUGUCGUAACGCAGUAG